CAUGGAGCAAGUCAUCCAUCAGAAACAUUAACACCCCUAAUUGCUUGGGGAGCAGGAAUAAAAUAUCCUCAGAUAGUUACCUCACAGCAAUAUGAAGACACAUUUUUAAAAGAAUGGAAGCUGGAGAUGUGGAAACGCCAAGAUGUGAAUCAGGCUGACAUUGCACCACUGAUGGCUUCCCUUGUUGGAGUUCCUUUUCCUCUGAAUUCAGUGGGUGUUUUACCUCUUGGAUACUUGAAUAAUACUGCCCAAUUUAAGGCAGAGAGCAUGCUUACCAACGCUGUCCAGAUUCUUGAACAAUUUAAGGUUAAGAUGGCUCAGAAGAAGAAAACUACAUUAUCAUUCUUGUUUUCACCAUUCAAGUCUCUCUCUGAAUCAGAGCAAAUUGAUAUUCUGAGAAAAACAAGGAUAUCUAUUCAUCAUGAGAAAUAUGAGGAAUCUAUAUCCCUUUGUAGAAAGCUGAUUAAUCUUGCUUUAGAUGGGCUCUCUUAUUACCAUACGUAUGACAGAUUUUUCCUUGGCUUGAGUAUCACCAUGGGUUUUGUAGGCUGGACAUUUUAUGUGAUUCUGAUUAUAAUAAAGUCAGAUACAAGCAUGACCAGGGGUAUAACAAAAAAUAAGGUGCCUGAUAAGUUUUUCCAAUAUGGGUUUGCAGCUAUUGGAGUUUUGAUAGCCUUGUUUCUCUUCAUUCAAAGCUUGCCUUGGACCUACUACAUAUAUUGCCUAUUACCAGUCCCUGUAUGGUAUGCAGUUUUAAAAGAAUACCCUGUUAUCCAUGUAUUGAUCAGAUUUCUCUUGAAUGUUCAGCGGGCUCAAUUUGCUGGAUUCCUAGUAAUAUAUACCGUGGGGAUUGAAAUAUUAGCAACAGUGCUAAGUUGGAUUCUCUCGUGUUUACUCCUGGCAAUCUUUCCCUUGAUGCCUGUGAUAGGAAGAGAAUCAAAUGUCUCUUUAGUAACAGCAGCUGGCCUGCUAAUUAUAUUGAUAGCUUUGUCCUACCUAGUGACAUUUUUUCGGAGGAGCAAAAAUAAAUAUUUGCAUCAUAAAGAUCUCCAAAUAUAUCUAUUUCAGUUGCUGAGUCUGGUGGCAUCAACAUACAUUGUGAACAGUACUCAUAGCAGUCUUCAGAGCAAACAAGGAUUGCCUAUAAUAAAUCAGGUUAUCAGCUGGAUGACAUUGGUUUCAUCCUUGAUAGUGCCGCUCCUGAGUCCCACUUUUCUGUUCCUGAGGCUGCUGAGCAUACUUCUUUCUCUGAUGUCAACUUAUCUUCUCCUUAGCACUGGGUAUGAAGCUCUUUUCCCUCUGGCGUUGGCUUUGUUGAUGUUUGUGUGGAUAGACAUGGAACAAGAAACAAUCCAACAGUAUGGAAUUUCAUUUAAACCUAAGCUUGCUGCUCUCAGCUUUUCUUACACUACAGAUACACCCCAGUUUCGACCACUUCAUGUGGAUGACAUCAGGAGGGCUUUUUUCUUUGUUUUUUUCAUAGUGACGGCCUUUUUCGGCACAGGAAAUAUAGCUUCUAUUAACAGCUUUGAUCCAACCUCGGUAUAUUGCUUCUUGACUGUGUUCAGCCCUUUCCUGAUGGGAGGCUUGCUAUUGUGGAAGAUUGCAAUCCCCUUUGUUCUUGUGUCAUGUGCAUUUGAAGCUAUUCAAGUCACAACCCAGCUAUCAUCUAAAAGGCUUUUUCUCAUUGUUCUUGUGAUUUCAGACAUUAUGGCUUUGCACUUCUUCUUUCUGGUUAAAGAUUACGGAAGCUGGCUAGACAUUGGAACAAGUAUUAGCCAUUAUGUCAUUGUGAUGUCCUUCACUAUUUUCCUGAUGCUUUUAAGUGGAGUGGCUCAGCUGCUCACUACAAAGAGACUGGAGCUUUGGGAAGGAACUAAACGCCAUUCAUUGUGACAAAUUAUUGAAGGACUUGUAUUGAUAGAAUCUUCAUUCUUUCAAGAGACAGACAGAAUUAUGAAAUUGGCUUCUAGAGACUCCUGAAGAACUUGAUGCAGAAGAACACGAAGUAACUUGUCAUUUUUUCUCUAUGGAAUUAAAUUUUCUUCCUUCUUUUUCCUUCAAAGGAACUUCCGGUUUCAAAGUGAACAACUACUAUGUAUAACCUUGCUUAUUGUUAAGGGUAAAUGCUGUGCUUGUGUUUACAAAAGGGACUCAAAAGGAUGAUAGGAAGAUGAACUUUGUUUUAUUGGUUUCUCUAGAAGGCAAGACAAUUAGUUUCUGAGCUGCUAACAAGCUAAGCAUUGUGCCUGGUCCCACUCCCAAGCCAACUUUUGGAACAAACAAUAGAGAGAUAAAUUUUUGCUGUGAUAUAUGGCAGACUUUUCACUUUGGAAAUUCAAAUCAGGUUUAAAGAUGUAUAUUUUGGAAUGAGAUCGAAACUUUAACGGUACUUUUUUAAAUUGUGUGUGUAUGAAUGGAAUUUCCAUUUUAAGAUGCAGACUAAUUAUAUUUGUUUGCUGCUAUUGCUCUCCAUCUCUUUUUAUAAAACAUACAAAAAUAGUUUUCAUCAUACACGGGUGAUGUAUUCAUGUUUGUCUUAUUUUCAUCUCACAACUGCUUCAUUUGCUCAAGGCCACUGUGAGGAAUUGUCUUAGCAAAUAUUGAAAACCAGCUCUACCUGUUCAAACUCUCUUUGUAACCAUCAAACAAACUAUACACCUACCAACUAAACCAAUUGAACUACUUAGGAAACCAGCUGGUUGCUCAAGUUAUGUGCUUGAGACCAUAUUUGCUGAACACCAGGGCAAGGAGUUAAUUUUUAUAACAAAUGUUUUCAAUAGUAGCUGUUCAGUUAAAACUUAUCCUCAGCUCUCGUACAAAUAUCAGUUGGAUAAGAGCUGUGUGAGAUUGUUUCACAGCCACUGUUCAGCACAUGAGAUGAAUUUGUUUCUCUUUCAGUAUAAUUUAGCUUUUGCUACUGUGGUGCCUUCUUGAAUAAUUUGAAGCAUUGACUGGAACAUGCUUUUCAUGCUCUCAGACAGAGGCUUUGUCCUGAUCUUUCUAAUCAUCUUUGUCCUGAUCCUUUUAAUUCAAUAUAUUCAGCAAUUGAAUUGAGAGUCUUCUGCAGGGAAAGCAUGUAGUAUACCACUGAGCUACAAUUUGCUCAGUAUGAAAUCAGCCAUUCUCUACAAUUACACAUUUGAGCUAAAAACGCCAGGGCAAUACAAUACUGCACUGUAGUACAUUGCUGGGAGAAUAGACAUGCAAGUGCAUAUAGCUCACGAAAGCCAUCAUUAUUCAGACUUCUAAUUUGUCAGUAGAAAUAAUGGUGUCCAUGAGAGAUUAUACUGUGGCGUAGGAGCCUGCCAUAAUUAUAAGGAACUGGGAAAAAAAAAUCUAUGAAACACGCACACCAUGGUAGCUAUCAAAACUGGAACAUAUCAGCAACCUGUUCAUCCUGAAAACUGCUGUAGCUCUCCAGCCUCUUGGCUCUAUGUCAGUAAAACUCUAGAAUCCAGCCACCCCAAUAGGAGUAUCCAUUUGAUAGUAGACAAAAGCAUUGAUUUGUAUUCUUGAAACGGAAAUGACAUGUCAAAAAAAAAAAUACUAGAAAAAUUCAUCUGCCAGGAGCUGGCAAGGUCAAGAAAUUUGAUCCAAGGUUUGAAAAAAAAAUUUUAGAACAUGUAGAGAGGCAUGAAUCUGUUGCCUUCUCUCUUCAACUUCCAUACAACCUCAGAAAAGAUGAUUUUUGUUCAAAUAGCUGCCAAUAGAUGCUGUAUUUGUCUUGCUGAGCACCUUUUUUGACUUCAAAUUCCAUGUGCGCUAUACAACUCUAAUAAUUAAUCAGUAUUACUGCAUUGGUUAAGAACUGGAAAAGC